CCCUCCCGACGGCAGUAGCAGCAGCAGCCCCCUCCUCCUCCUCCUGCAACAUCACUACUGUCUGCUGUGGCCGCUCUCACACGCGGCUACGAGGAGCUUUAUUUAACGCAGGUGGGCUAAACCCGGGACUAAACCCUGGCGGCUGCUUCUAAACCGCGAGGCCGAGACGGAGUGGGCGAUAAACGGACAGAAAGCCAGGCUGCGGACCCGCGGCCGGCGUCCUUUUCACCUCCGUUCAGCUGAAGGACUAAUGUGACCGUUAGCAGCCUGAACCUCGGUACCUGCCGCCGCGCUGCCCGUCCGCCCGUCACCCGCCGGAGGAUGAAGCAGCAGCCCUGCGCGGGGAGCAGGCGGGAAACACGCGGGUUUACAGCGAAUAAACAGGACUGGAGCUUCCACAACCGCCUCUUUACCAUUCACUUCACGUCAGAAUUUUAAUUACGGGAGAGGACGAGCUUUUUACCGCCUUUUCGACACGAGUAAUCGAUCUUUUAAAGAGCUAGAGCCUCUGACGGCUGAGGUGUCUCCUUCAUUUCCUGCAUUCUCUUCAUUUUCUUCAUUUCCUUCAGUUUCUGGAUGAUAACAAGCUGCUAAUUCAUCACAGUGCCUGCUGUCAGUGUCUGGACAGUACAAAGAGUGUUUCAUUUCUCAUUAUAGAAAAGAUCCUCUCCUCCAGAGUCGGUCCAUGUGGAGAUAUCACGAAGAAGAUAUCAUGAAGAGGAGCCUAUGUACCUGAGCUAGUUAACUAACUAACAAGCUAGCUUAGCUAACAUUGUUUUUAGCACAUCUUCAUCUACUAUUUAUGUGUACUGAGGGUUUUUUUCAUUUCUCACCUGUAAACUUUGUCAAAUGGAUCUGACAAAGCUCAGAUCCAUUUGAGUAGAGACUGAUUAGAGAAUGAGCUCAAUGGUAAAAGAAGAUUUUCAAGGUUUUAAUGUGAGAAGAAAUGGAGUUUGCAACAUUUAAACCCACCAAUUAUUGGAUUAUUGUAAUUUGAUUUAGGUCUAAAUCUUUCCCAGUUAAGUCAAAAUACGAUAAGGAUUAUGAUUAUGGACACUGAAGCUGAGUUUUUAAUUUUUUUAGAAGAUGAUAUGAACUGAGACUGAGUGAUACUGGAAAUUGUCAAUUUUUUUAAGCUGCUAAUCCUUGACGAUGCCUGUAAAUGUUUGACAGUACAAGGAGUCUUUUAUUUCUCAUAGAAAGAACCCUCUUCUCUGCCCCAAAGUCAAUCCUUGUGGAGAUAUCACAGACCACAAAGAGGAACCAUUAUAACUAGCUAAAUCUCCUGCCAGCUAGUUUUCAUGCACUAUUUAUGUGUACUACUGAAUAUUUUUUUCUCUUACCUGUAGAUUACCUAGCAAACCUAGUUAACUAGCAGAAGAUCAGAUGAUAAAGCUCUAAUCCAUUUGAUUAGAGACUUUUGGGAUUGUGGCAAUGAAAACAGAAGCUGAGUUUUUCAUUUUGUAGAAGAUGGUUUCAACUGAGACUGAUAGAUGUUGAGGGAUACUGGCCAUGGUUUACAUAUGGCUGGUUUGAAUUUGCCAUUCAUUUUUUUGAAUGAUACAAGAUAUUGCUAAUUCUUGAUAAUUCCUUUACCGCCUCUUUUCCUCAAAUCUGUUCCUUGUGGAAAGAUAUCUCAGACCAUGAAAAAGAAGCAAUGGAUGGCAAACUAGCUAUUUUCACAUUUUGCACAUUUUCAUGCAGUAUCUGUGUGUGUACUGUGCUAUUUUUUGAUCACGUAUGUAACAUUAGCCAAAGAUCUACUAAAAAACGUGUUCUGUUUGGUGAAGGCAUUGAUAAUUAGCUUGAAUGUUUAAUAUUUUUGGCCCAAACUAAAUAAAAAAUUUUGCCUUGAGUUAGAUAUUACAGAAGGACUAAACUAUAAUUUAAAAUUAUUUAUUGAACACUGGAUAUUUUUAUAUUUUUAACAUUCCAGCAGACAUUCCAACAAAGCACAGAACUGUUGGACCGAAGUUGUUUCUGAACAUUGUGUACAUCUAGUAAGAGAGCAAGAUUAGCACAAUAUUUUACAGAGGUUUAAGUACAGAGAUUCUUAAGGUUUAAACGUGGAAAAGAGAACAUAGGCUGGCAUUUAGGCCUAGUCUGUAUAUUGCUAUAUAGUUAUCAAGACACAAAAAGGCUUUGGUGGAGAGAAUGAAUGAAUAAGGAAAGUCCUAUUUUUUUUUAUUUACUCAGAAUGAGUUUUUUUUUUUUAUUGAAGACAGACAGGACUUUGGAAGACUAGAAAUGCCAAUGGACUUGUGCAUGGGCCUUUUGAAUCUUGAACUUUAAUAGUCACCAACCAACCUAGGAACAAACUCCAAGAUGAAGGACCUGUGCCGGAUCUGUGGGCGUGAGCUGUGUGGAAACCAGCGCCGCUGGCUCUUCCACCCAGCCGCCAGACUGCAGGUGCUGCUGUCCCACGCUCUAGGGACUGAGCUGCGACGGGACGGCCGUGGCGAGUUCGCUUGCGGAAAGUGUGCCUUCAUGCUGGAGCGCAUGUAUCGCUUCGACACUGUCAUCGCCCGUGUGGAGGCCCUGUCUGUCGAGCGCCUACAGCGGCUGCUGCUUGAGAAAGAGCGUCUGCGCCAGUGCAUUGGUGGCAUGUAUCGAAAGCAUAACAAUGAGGUGUCUUCCGGGGGCCCGGAGAAGGACUGUACAGUAGAUAUGUCGAACCUUCACUUUGCCAAAUAUUGCGCCCUCCUUCAAGAAGACUUGAUGUAUUCUGUGUACGAGUCGUGGGCCGAGGAUGAAGAGCAGAUUCUGGAGUGCUGUCACAGCCCUCAGUGCCAGGCCUUUGACCCUAGAAGAAGGUGCAGAGGCUGCAGUGCACUGCGAGUGGCUGAUUCAGACUAUGAGGCCGUUUGCAAGGUUCCAAGGAAGUUGGCAAGAAGCAUUUCUUGCGGCCCUUCCACUCGGUAUUCGGCCAGCGUGGGAGGCAGCGUUUGCGGAGAGGAGCAAACCGCUACCACCACCACCACCACAGCAUCAGCGACCUUGGUUCCAGACAGUCAGCCCAGAGCUUCUUCAGACAGCGACAGGACUUUAGGAGGGAAAGGGAGCUCAAGCAACUCAAUGGAGUCUUUAACCAUGACCCUGGAUGUGGUUGCUCCUGCUAGUGAAGUGAAAAAAGACUGCAAAGACGAUCAAAAUUCUGAUACUUUUUCAGAGGAACGCUUUGCAGUCCCUGCUGACAGUAAACUGGCUUUGGCACUGUGCUUAGUUCAGAACUGCGCUUACAAACCUGUUCAGAUUGCUCGUGGCAGUAAACUUCCUGUUCUAGUCAGGCCUGGAUCUGCUGGAAAUAAGCUAGGCAGCCCAGAGCAGGUUUUGACGUUCCCCUUUGAUGGAGCAGACUGUGAACUAGAAGUCCCAGAGCCCCCGAGGAUCCAGCUGGACCUGAGCCUGGAACUGGCCGAGUUGGAGGAGCUGUGGGACGACGCAUAUGUGGAGUACAUGCCCGUCCACUUUAAGAAGGUCCCAAAGAAGAGUCUGAUAGAGGAGCAGCAGUCCCAGCUGAACCAGUAUGAAUCAGCUGCAGGACAGUGUGUAAAUGAGCUGCAGAAGGCCCAGCUGCAGGUGCAGUCUCUCCAAAACAAGAUCCAGGAGAGCGAAACCAGCAACAAGACGCUGCAGGAGAGGCUGGGUGAGAUGGAGACUGAGCUGUGUUCAAUCAGACAAGCAGCGCAGAAUCAGGAGAGGACCAUCCAGAGCCUUAAUGAGAGCCUCACUACUAAAGAAACGGAGACGCAGGAGCUGUAUCAGGUCAUAGAAGGACAGAACACCACCAUGUGUAAACUCAGAGAAGUGGCCCAUCGCACUCAGCUCCAGCACACGCAGGCUGCAGAAGGAGCCGAGGCAGAUUCCAUAGCCCAGCUACAGGGGCAGAUAGUGGGGCUACAGAGCUCACUGUUCUGCUCUCAGCUGCAGCUGGAGGCUAGCCAGCGCUCUCACAGGCAGAUCCAGAGGACGGCGGAGGACAGAGAGCGUGCCCACAGCCGCCUGCAGAGCGACCUGGAGGCAGCGCUGCAGCACAGAGAGACCACCGACAAACACAACCAGGAUCUGCGUAACAUGGUGCAGCAGUUGCGUUCAGAGCUGCAGAUGAAGCAGGCUCAGCUGAGGGAGAACGAGAGUGACCGACACUCAGAGGUUACAGCUCGCGACAAUACAAUCACCCAGCUCCAGCAUUCACUCAGAGAGAAGGAGAAACUGCUCAAGGAGUAUUCUGAGCUGCUGGACAAACCCUCCGAUCCCAGUCGACCCCAGGAUGCUCUGCUGGACAAACUGAAGAGUCGCAUACGUGACCGUGACAAAGCUUUAGAGCGUGCUAUAGAUGAGAAGUUCAGCUGUCUGGAGGAGAAAGAGAGUGAAGCGCGCAGACUGCAGUUAGCACUGCGGGAGAAAGAGAGAGAUUUGGAGAGACUGCGCUGCAUCCUGUCCAACAACGAGGAGACAAUAACCAGUCUGGAUGUGCUGGUACGGGGUAAGGAGCUGGAGUUGGAGCAGUCUCAGGAGGCAAGUCGGAAGCUUCAGUGGCUCAAGCAGCAGAGUGACGAGAAGAACGUCUCCGCCCUCAGAGAGAGAGACAAUAUCAUCACUCAGCUACACACCACCCUACACACACGCAGCAAAGAGACAGAGGACCUGACCGCAGCACUAAUGGCUAAAAUCUCUCCGGGAGCUAAUGAAGCCGUGGAGGAGCUGAGGUCACGCCUGGCUCUGAAGGAGCGGCUCUUCCAGGAUCUGCUGUCUGACCACAGCCGGCAGACCCAGGAGCACCACACACAGGUCCAGGACCUGCUCAACACCAUCAGCUCCAGAGACCAGUACAUUCAGGAGAAUGGCGAGCGUCUGGGGCAGGUGAUAGCAGAGCGUACCCGGCAGCUGCAGGAGCUGCGCAGACAGGUGACCUCCCUGGAGCGGGAGCUGAGUGAGCUGACCGGCGAGAGAGAGAGGGAGAGAGCGAGAGGAGCACCACUGGCCACAGAGAUGGAGAGACUGCAGACUCUACUGAGAGAGAAAGAAAGUCUGAUACAGGACCUGAUGCAGGGUCAGGAAGAGGCAAUGGUGACCUCCAGACCAGCAGGGGCAUCGCAGGGAGCAGAGGACAACAGCGGCUCAGAUUUGGACAUACAAGCUCUUAAAGAGGAGCUUCAGAUCGCCCUGAGGAAGCAGAAGGAGACUGAGCAGGAUCUCUCAGAGUUAAAGUCCGCUCUGGCCAGACAGCAUGACGGCUACGCUAGCUCAGACUCUGAGAAUGCUCUGGUGCAGCUGGUUUCAGAGUACCAGCAGCUGAAUCAGGCUCUCAGAGCCGAGAAGAAGCUCUACCAGAACCUGAGCCAAAUCCAGUCGAAAGGAGACAGCAGUGUUGAGAAGACUCUGGCGCUACACACGGAACUGGACACGGCUCAGGCUCUGCGCGGUCAGCUGGAAGAGGUCCUGAGCAGGACCCGAGACACAGCUCUGGCACUGGACAGGGCAGCUAAGGCCCAGGCUGACUAUGGAGCCUACAGCUCAGACGAGACUGAGGACGAGGAGGACGACGAUGAUGAAGAUGAUGACGAAGAAGACGCUGGCAGUAGCAGUGAGGAGUUCACAGACAGCAUAGAGGAUGAUGAUGUGAAACUGACCGCUCAGAGUCUGGCUAACACACACCAGAAUGCUGCAAUGUCGGGAGGUCCAGUAAGCAGGGGUCUGUCCAAGGGGGGCACGGUCGAAGGAUGGCAGGAUGAGACGGAGCAGAAAAAGAAAAGUGAGAGAGAGAUGGGAGAGGGGAAGAGCCAGCUCAGCCAGGCUGGCACAACCACACUCUGUCACAGCAGAAAUGUUCUACCAAGCCUGCAGGAGGCAAACAUUGAGCUACAGCAGAGUGAAAGUGGAUCUGGAUUCAGACUGCAGUCCACAUCCGGAUCUGGACUGAGAGCAGAGAAAGUGCUUUAUGGGAGGUGCGGAAGGUGGGAGCCAAGUGACACAGACAGACUGAAUCUCCAUGACCAGGCCCGUCCACUCAGAGAGGAAGAGGAGGAGGAGGAGUUCGAGGACGAGGACAAAGAGGUGGACGACAAAAAGGAUGUACGGGCCACUCAGGGAAAGCGUGGACCCCCACCUGUUACCCUGAGAGAAGGACUAAGGAAGAGGAAGUGUACCAGACCUCACUCUCUUGACCUCGGAGCCCUGCUGGACCACAACAGACCACAGGAUCCAGCUAUGGAGCGGGAGGUGGACGGUGAGAGCGGAGGGUCCAGUUCUGCAGGAGGUGGAGGUUCUUCAGGGUUCUGGCAGCACGUGGAGGCAGGACUCCGGGAGCAGGCGGAGCGCCUCCGCAGCGACCUGGCCUUCAGCCGGCAGGAGAGCAGAGAGCUACAGGAACGACUGAUGGUAUCUGAGGCUACAGUACACGCCCAGUCCGAACAGCUGAAGGACUACAGAGAGCUACUGACGGAGAGUGCAGUGCAGCAGGACAGUAAGCAGGUGCAGGUGGAUCUGCAGGAUCUGGGCUACGAGACCAGCGGGCGAAGUGAGAAUGAAGCAGAGAGAGAAGACGCCAGCAGCCCUGAGUUUGACGAUCUGGAGAUGUGCACCUCCCUCUCCCGGCAGCCCUACAGCAGCGACGGGAAGUCCUGGGGUUGGCACGGCGACAGCAGCGGCGCCGAGGCAGACGACACGUCCUCCCUGCGCUGCCUGGUGCAGGACCUGCGGGCGCAGCUCUCUCGCUGCCACAAAGUGAUCCGAGGACUGCAGCUCCGCGUCCGCUCUCUCUCCACCACCUCCGACUACGCCUCCAGCCUCGAACGCACCCCACGCAAGGUGAACUGGGCAUUCCAAGCAUCCCCAGCCCACAGUGGGGUGGAGGAGGAUGAGGGCUGGCAGUCAGAGGGACCAUCGCUGGGUCCACUGCGGUCCAGAAAGGAGCUGCAGGAGCUGGUAUCACGCGUGGCAUCGUUGGAGAGCCAAAUCCGCAGCAGCAGAAUGGACGGGAAAGAAGAAACAGAGGAGGGGAAGAGCGCCACCUGGCCUGGCAAGUACAACACACUGAUCCAGGCUCAAGCUCGGGAGCUGUCUCACCUGCGGCAGAGGAUGCGUGAGGGGCGGGGCAUCUGCCACAUCCUCACACAGCACCUGGGAGACACCACCAAAGCCUUCGAGGAGCUUCUCCGUGCCAACGACAUCGAUUACUACAUGGGCCAGAGUUUCAGAGAGCAGCUCUCUCAGAGCUCCUCCCUCGCUCAGAGGAUCAGCAUUAAGAUCAGUGGCCGAGAUCGGUCAGAGAUGCAGGAUGACAAAAUGGGCCAUGAGCUGUUAGCUUUAAGGUUAAGUAAGGAGCUCCAGCAGAAAGACAAGAUUAUUGAGUCUCUUCACACCAAACUGCAGCAGCGCCCUGAAACACCCUCCAGCAGCCACGCCCCCUCGGAGACAACGGACCAGUCAGAUCGCACUUCCUUUGUAUCAGAUGAGAGGGGCUCGACCAAUGAGGAUCUGGAGCUGUGUUCAGAUGUGGAUGCUGUCAGCGAGUAUGCUCAGGAAACGGCUCCCACCUCUAAUGAUGCAGCCCGCCCUUCAUUCAUCUUUGCCCCUCACAGUAUACAGUCCGCUAUCUCCCCCUACAGGCCUGAAGAGAGUAAGACAGGUGUGUAUUCUGGGCUUCUGUCCAGCUCAUUGCCCCUGACUCAGACCCAUCACUGGUCCAACUCCUCCAGUAACUUAACCUUUGACCCGCUGCCCUUUUCUGGCCCUGACCCCAGGAUGGUGUCCCUGGCGCAGCAUCAGCAGGGGCUCCGCAGGCCCCCGGUCCGAAGUUUUAGUUUACCUCACUCACUGAGCAGCUACCCACUGAUGGGACCCACAGCACUCGAUUCCUCCAGUUACACCCAGCUAUCCCAUCAUUCCCUUCACCAGCCUCAGAAAACAGACAGCAGCCUGGUGGGGAGCGGUACACUGUGGGGCACAGAUAACAUGAUUCAGCCAAUCAGAGGCUUUCCUGGAGCACCUGGCUACCCACCAGGAACCAGCCACUCAGGUGUGGAUCUGAUAGAGGAGCAUCUCUGUGAGAUCCGUACUCUGCGCCAGCGUCUGGAGGACUCCAUCAGGACCAAUGAGAGGCUGAGACAGCAGCUGGAGGGCCGUCUAGCCACCGCUGCCAGAGACACAGCAGCACCAACUAACAUCUAUAUUCAGGGCCUGGACACCGUCACUCAGCUGUCCAAUGAGAUACGGGUGUUAAAGGAGGAGAACCUGAGUCUACAGUCCAGACUGCAGGCCAGCAGAGACAGCAGUGAGGAGGUGGAGCAGCUGCGGGAGGCGGUGCUGUCUGGGCGUGCCCGACUGAAGCAGGCGGAGCUGGAGGCGGAGCAGUGGAAGGAGGAGCUGAGGAGGCUGCAGACACACAGCUGUGAUCAGAGUCAGCAGAUUCAGCAGCUCCGGCAGGAGAGGCAGAGCGGUCAGGAGCAGAGCAACAGGUUGAGGCAUGAGGUGAGUCUGCUCCAGCAGCAGUUAUCAGAGAGCAGGCAGCUGCUGCACUCGCUGCAGUGUGAGCUCCAGCUGUAUGACCGAGUGUGUGCCGGGAGCAAGGGCGGCCCAGCGGGGUAUCUCUCGGAGAUAUCGUACCCCUCUGCUGCUGCUGGGGGGGAGUUGGGGCAGUUGUUGAUGGAGGUGCGGGCUCUUAGGGCCCAGCUGGAGCGCAGCGUUCAGGAGAACAGUGCUCUGAGGGUACAGCUGCAGAAACAGCUGGAGCAGCAGCUGUCCUCAGCCACUCUGGAGAGCAGACCUUCAUCCCUCAUCCCAGCCAGCCCACUGCGAGACGCCUUCUACAGACGGCAGCUACUGCACGACCCCUCCCCCUCUCCUCCAGUGAGGGACAUCGGCCCGUUUCCAGCCGGACCCCCGUACUCGCCCUACUCCGAGCUCGAGGAGAGCUCUCUCACAGCUAACGAGUCUCUGGAGCCUCAUGCAGAUUUGGAGGGUGAAGCUCCAGACGGCUCGUUUGCUAACCGUAACGGUCGUCACGCGAUUGGCCACGUGGACGACUUCAGCGCUCUGCAGCAGCAGGUUCUGGAGGGGCGGGGUCUCGUACAGAGGAUGGAGGCCACGCUGCAAACCUGCCUCAACACUGCACUACUGGAGGUCAACGCUGGGAAGGCCCUAGAUUAUGGCAGCGUUAGGAAUCUGUUAGCGAACACCAAGACACUGAGGCAGAUUCUAGAGGAGGCAACAUCUCUGCUGAAGAUGUUCUGGAGGGCAGCGUUGCCCAGCACUGAUGGUCCUGCCCAUCUCCUCCAGAAGGAGCAGUUGAUGAGAGAGGAGAUCCAGUCUCUGCGGUUGAAGAUAGCGGAACAGGAGGAGGUUCUGCAGAGCACCAUCCAGAGGCUGAGAAGCACCAGCCGCACUAAAGAGAGCAUGGAGACAUUCAUCGUUAACCAGCUGUCCAGGACGCGGGACGUGCUGAAAAAAGCCAGAGCCAAUCUAGAGAAGAACGAGCUCAGGAUUUCCUCUUUAAGCUCCUCCUCUUCCUCCCCUUGCCAUGGUAAAGUCCUCAAAGGUGCCUACCCAGGGUCUUCUGAUUGGGGUGGCCUGACCCCCGAGACUGCCAUGGAAAGUGCCAGUCCACGCCUCCCGAAGAAGCGGGGCAGGGAGUGCCUUCUGCAGGCGGUCUGAACCAGCCAAGACAAACCACACCUCUCCAACACCCUGCCUUAUCCCUGUACACCCUCUCUUUCUCUUCUGCUCUCCUUUCUUCUCUUGUUCUUGUUGUUCACAUACUUUGUUGUUCUCCUCUUUUAAUUCUUUAUCUUCUUUUCAUCUCCUGAAAUUCUUUUCUUCUCUGUUUUUCUUCUUUCUCUCAUCUCCUCUAUGCUUUUUUUUUCGCCUUCUGGCAUGUCUUUAUAUGUCCCUUACUUUUCCCAUCUUCCUGUCCUAUCUCUUUUCUUUCCUUUGAUGUUUUCUCCUUUCCUUUGAUGAUAAAAAAAAGGACUCUUAUCUAACUUGUACUUUUGCCUUGUGGAACCGAAUAAGCUUCUGGACGGAUGUUGCGGUGUGCGUCCUGGUUGCCAUAGAAUGUGUUCCUGGCCGUGGCAGCCAGCGGGCGCUUGGAAAGUGUAGUUGCAUGUUAGUUCAGCGAUUGUGAGACGACACGAAGACACAACAGUACGAUACACAUUACUAAUACACACAAGACACACAAAACCUAUGGCUGCGUCCCAAUUGUGCACUACAAACUAAUACUAUAUACAGAGAAUAAGAUAUGGACUAUACAGUAAUCUUAAUAGUGUGGAUUAGGGAGGUUAGCACACAGCAUGAUCUAUAAUUUAUACAUUAAUAAUAUAUAUUUUUUGUAGUAUUUGGUUGCUGCGCUUGCAUUGUUUAACAUGAGAACAUAUAGAGAGCAGUACCACCACUUUUCAGACACUAGAGGGCGCUCGCGAGUGAGCCCAAAAUGAAUGGGUUCAUAUGGACCACUGAAGCAACAUCAUGUUGUAGUUUAUAGAUGUUUGAUAGUAUUUCUACUAAAAAAAGUCUUGUUUUCUCAACACAGAACAAUAAUAAAUGUUUCAGUAAUGCAGAUAAAAUUUUAAAAGCUUUUAAAAUCCAGUUAUAAGCCUUUUAAAAGCAUGCUCUGGCUGUAAAUCAAGCAUUAGCUUACCAACCAUUAGCAUUAAUGCUAGUUACUUUACUGCCUUAAAAUUUCUUCUUUUUUUUUUGGCAAAAAAACAUUCUAAAUUCUAAUUUCUAAAAUUACAUGUACGAUGUUUAGCUGAUACUCUUUUUCAGAGUGUUUUUCUCUGUUAUUUCUAUUACAAAAGUCAGUCAGUAUAGUGUUAGAGGAGUCUUAUUUAAGGACUCUUAUUGGUGUACUGCAGCAUUCAGUCACCCAGACCUGGUUGUCCAGGUUAUACUACAUAAUUAUUUUUUUUUUUCUAAUAUUGUUCCAGUUGUGAGUAGCUCCUCCCCCCUUUUCAUUUAAUUUCAGUGCAUUGUGGGAUAAUAAAAUGUCUACACUUAACCUACACUUAACCUAAACUACACUUAACCAGUAUUGACCAGUAUGUAUAUAUAUACAAAAUAUUUAAUUCUCAAAAAUAUAUAAGUAUUAGUAAUUAGUACACAAUCGGGGUGCACCCUACUCUGCUGCUGUAGGAGAGAAACGGAUGCUCCUCUCGCUGGAGUUCGGCUGUUUGCUGUUGUUUUGAUGUCUUUCAUGCAGCUCAACAAACUGCCGGCGAAUCCCCUGGAGAAGCUCAGGGAUUUUAGGCAAAUCACUAAACUGAACACUAAGCUAAAAAAAAAAAAGCCACAACUUCUUAGAGAGCUGAUUGGCUCCUUAAGCACUGAACUUUCGGUUCCUACAGUUAAAACUUGAUCAGCAGCUGGCACAUCCAUGUUCUGUUCAGAAAUGCAUUCUUCAAAAAACUUCAGAUUCGCUAUUUAGAUUUACUUUUUAACACUUUAUUUUACUUUGUUUCCACUCUAGAAAAUGAAAUUUCCCAUUUCUGAUUUUAGAAUGGAUAUGUUUUUCACACUAUACAUGACUGAUCAGAGACACAGAAUCUCAAAUUACUCUUUCACCAGGAGGAACACAUGCUACGGGUCUGCUUGCUCUCCAAAAUCACGUGGAAACUGAUAUUUGACAGGAGCAAGACACUUUUUUUUUCUUUUAGCAAUUAAUGUAGCUAAGAAAUCAGUGAUAUGAGUUGUCUAUGUGCUGAAUUGUAGAGAAAUACACACAGCAGAAAAAGCUAAAAUCACUCAACACUCUAGUGGAGCUGUCUUAAUUAACUUCUAAUCACAACAAUUUAAACACCGAAAUUCGAAUCAUUAAAAUUUGACAGAUAUUUGAGGUCGCAGGUUUGAACCCAGCUCAUGCAGCUUGCCAUCAGCCGCCGGCGCUCAGAGGGAGCACAAUUGGCCUUGCUCUCUCCGGGUGGGUACAGUAGAUGGCACUCUUUCUCCUCAUCACUCCUAGGGUGAUGUGGAUCAGCACAAGGCUGCGUCUGUGAGCUGAUGUAUCAGAACUGAGUCGCUGCCCUUUCCACAGAGUGUGCUGUGAUGCUAGUCAUAAGGCUGCAUCAGCAGCAGUUAAAAAAGAAGCAGUGGCUCACUUCACAUGUAUCGGAGGAGGCAUGUGCUACUCUUCUUCAUCCUAGUGUGUUGAGUCAUCACUAGUGAUAGGGGGAGUCCUAAUGAGUGGGUUGGGUAAUUGGCAGAGUAACAUUGGGGAGAAAAUGGGGAAGAAUUGGAAAAAAAUGACGUAUAUUUGUUUUUGAGAAAUCUGCGAUCAUUCUGCAAGCUUUCUGAUCAGUCCUACCAAAUUAAAGCGAUUGUCGGCAAUCACCUACAAAAUUGAGUCUCUAAAGCGACUCUAAAAUUGGGCUUAAAUCAUGAAUCAUUUAUUCAUCCAAUAAAACAUCCAAUCUAGCAACUGUUUUAAAAGAAGGUAUUUGUGGGCGGAGCAUGGAUCGGUCAUCUCAAGAAAGCAUGCCACGGCUAGCUAUGGCUAGCAACUUUAAUCACAAAAAGCAAAGCACUGUGGUGCAGAAACAGAAUACAGUUUAGUGCAGUGGUUCCCAAAACUGGUCCUGGAAUUGGACUGGGAGUCACUGGUUUAGUGCAUUUAGUAUUAGAGCAGUAUUCCAGUAGAAUCUUGAGUUUUGAAGCUCCUCUGGAGACACACUGACACGAGCAUGUGCAAUAAAAAGACAUUUUGGUCACUGAAUGCAGUUGUGCCAGCGUUCACCCUUUCACUGGAACUGAGUAUUGUGUUUUUUUCUGGAGCUAAAAGACCGUCGGUGCAAUAUUACGACUAGUAUUAAUGAACUAUUAUAUUUAUAAUUAUCAUCCUUUAAUACUACUGAUGAUAUUCUCAGACAGUAUUUUGCAUGGUGGAGGUAGAGAAAAGGAAAUAUAGCACCUUUUGUGUUGUGUUGUAAAGGUGAGGUUCACCAAUACUUGCCAAAGUUUGAACUCCUCGUUUCCCUUUCUUUCGUUUUUUUACCUCGUCUGUGCCAAUAAAUGAGGAUAUUAUCUGCUCAGCGUGAAUCCUCAAAUUUAAUCGUGCCAUCUGAACACCUUGGUUGGAAUUCGUUAAUGGAGACGACAUUUUUAGCAAGUCACGUGAUUGAUAUGGGAUUUAUUUGAUAUGUCCUAUCUUUAUAAAUGCUCAUUGGUGAGACACUAAUGUAUAGAUUAACAGAAUGGACCAAACAAAUACGGUGGUUUCUGAGGCAUUUUUAGGCCAGAAGGCUCCAGAUGUUGAGCGAAAUAAUUGUCGGAAAUGUUUGAAAAGUCAUGGAAGGCAUUGGUUUGUCAUGAGCUGAGAAAAAGAGAUGUCGUACGCGUCUUCAUGUCUGCUGGAACAGUGAUGACAAACUUUGGCAAGGACCUGGUGGGACCAAUAUUAACCUACUGAUGCCACAAAUCAAGUAGACAGGCACGGUUUAGGGUGUUCCUUAGCUGCUUGUAUGGAAAGCUGUUUUAGCGUGAAAUGCUACCAUCAGUAUUUGAGCCAUAACUUAACAUCCUCGUGGAUGAGCUGCCCAUGUACUUUUGGAGUAAUGGUCACUCCUGGAAAGGAUCACCAAGUGUUUCAUGUUUUCUCAUUUCUCUAUUUGUGAAUAAUAGCUCUUGAUGUGGUUCACUGGAGUCCCAAAGCUUUAAAAAUGACUUUGUAACCUUUUCUCAUUUGUUCUUGAAAUUGAGUUUCAGUUUUUACUAAUAGAAACACUUAUUUUCAGAGAUUUUCUACUAAAAUCUAUGAAGCCAUUCUGACUAGUCACUUUAUCAUGACUGCAUGUCCUUAACGUAUUUCUGACUAGUAAUGUGUUGCCAUUGAUUUAAAUGGAAUUACACUCUCUUCUCAAAUAAACAUAAAUUUCUAGGCAAUUUUAAUGCUCUACUUUUAUAAAAAAAAUUAAGCAUUUAGCAUCACUUUAUCACACUCUGUAUCUGUUCACAACCUCUUCACAAAUUGUCUAUUUGUUUUCCAUCUGUAAGAGACAAGCAGUACAGCUAGGCUAGGCUAGUAACAUUAGCUGAGCUAACUUAGCCUUAGCAUUUGUUUGUUUACUAAAUGACUGGCUGUAAAUUUCACUAACAUGUAUUUUAUCGAGACUUUAAAAGUAAAAAGUGCUCGAAGUCAUGAAGUGGCUGAGUGUAAAACGUAAGGUUAAACUAACUUAAGGUUAGCUAGUUUAAUCUAACUUACUUUUCUCUUUUCUUUUCUCUUCCUUGUCCUUGUUCCUAGUGUUUCCCUCAUUUCAAAUUAAAAGCCCUCUACAAAGUUUUAUAAUUGAGAUUUCAUAAUGUUUCACAAAAUUGGUUUUAAAUAAUCUACACUGUAAAUGUAAAAAUAUUAUUAUGUUAUUUUAGAUAAGAGAAACUUAAAUUUCACAUAAAUCAGUGGUAACAUAUUACUAGAUAAAAAAAAAUACAUUUAGGAUAUGUCAUUCUGACAAUAUAAAAAAGAAAUCUUCAUUACUUAAAAACAUAAAAAUGUAGUAAAGACUUGUAUUGCUGGUGGCAUUUCAGGCUAAAUCAGCUCGCCGUAUGCUUGUAUGUUUGCGUUUUUUUGUUGUUCUUUUUCUGCGCUGUAUAUAAUUCGCUUUUUACUGCAGUAUCAUUGUGUGUAAAACAUUUGCUCUAUAUGCAAAUAAAGGUUCUGUAUGUCGAUGGCUGUGCAAUAGCAGACUUUUAAUCCCAGCUUUAGGCUAAUUCUUCAUUUGGAACAAUGUUGUGCUGCUUUCAGCUACACGCUAUUCAGCCUGUUAGCAUCUGUUAGCCAACAAAUGCCACAGUGUGUACGACCGCUUGGCUAACUCCGAUGCUAAUAUGCUAGCUAGUUUGUACUAAUCCUCAAUAGAGAUGCCUUGCCCUGAGAUCCUUCCAGAGGCUUGUAGUAGUGUAGUGUUUUUUUAAAGUCGCUGAAGCUCCAGCUGAAGUAGCUUUGCUUGCCUUUAUUAAGCCAGAGAGCUGGAUUUGGUAGUUUUUAGCAGCGUAACAGAAAUACAAUCUUUGGGCUAGCCUGCUGCUGCUGCUCGCUGCUUUUUGGAAAUAAUAGCAGAAUUAAUGGCAUUACCACAGCUAGCUAUUCGUCUGGCUUUGUUUGCACUUCACAAUCUUUGGGCCAUGAGUCAUUUUGCCAAGAACCAAAACAAAUCAGAAAAGUGUUGGAGAAGAAGAAUAGUAGUAAUUGGGUAAAUUGGGCCGUCCUAUUAAAUCUGAAGCUUCGGCCUAAUGUUUCUGAGAGUCUGAUCAUAGAAAGAUUGUGAAGAAUACCAAAGUAAAGCCACUUUCUGAAGAGUAAAAUGCGAGGGCUCGGGGAGUGGAAGUAACGGCCAUGCUUAAAGCAAACAGGUGGACAAACGCUGUAAACCAGCCAAACAGAAUUGUGACGUCAUGGUCCUGAAAAUUGUACGAUGUGUAUAUAAUGAUGGAAAAGCUGAUUUGUUGUGAUGGAUACUGGUGUGUUUAUGUGAUGCAAUAAAAAAAAUAAAAA